UGCGCUAGGGUUCCAGGCCGCCAUGUCCUGGCCGCGUGUGCGGUUGGUGGUCACCGCGGAUGACUUUGGUUACUGCCCUCGGCGUAAUGAAGGCAUCGUAGAGGCCUUCCUGGCAGGGACCGUAACCAGCGUGUCUCUGCUGGUGAAUGGCGCGGCCGCGGAGAGUGCGGCUGAGCUGGCCCGCAGGCACUGCAUCCCCACUGGUCUCCACGCCAACCUAUCCGAGGGUCGCCCCGUGGGCCCAGCCCUCCAUGGCACCUCGUCACUGCUCAGUCCUGAAGGUUUCUUUCUCGGCAAGAUGGGGUUCCGAGAGGCGGUGGAGGCUGGACGAGUGGCGCUGUCACAGGUGCGGGAGGAGCUAGAGGCCCAACUAAGCCGAUUCAAGGAGUUGCUGGGCAGGCCCCCUACGCACGUGGAUGGGCACCAGCACGUGCACGUGCUCCCAGGUGUGUGCCAGGUGUUCGCUGAGGCGCUGCAGGCAGGUGGGGUGCGCUUCACACGACUGCCGCUGGAAGGCGGUGUGGAUGGAUGCACAUGGCUGGAAGCCCCCGCACGUGCUUUCGCCUGUACAGUGGAGCGUGACGCCCGGGCCGCCGUGGGCCCCUUUUCUCGCCAUGGCCUGCGGUGGACAGAUGCCUUCGUGGGCUUGAGCACCUGCGGGCGAUAUAUGACUGCUCAUCGUGUGUUGGGGGCUGUCACACGGGCCCUGGAAGAUAACCCCACAGGCCAUACCCUGACAGUUGAGCUGAUGACACACCCAGGAUAUCCCAGUGUGCCCCCAGCCGGGGGUUGUGGCGAGGGUCCUGAUGCUUUUUCCUGCUCUUGGGAGAGACUGCAUGAACUUCGUGUGUUGACAGCACCUACACUGCGGACAAGGCUGGCCCAGGACGGGGUGCAACUCUGUGCCCUUGAGGACCUGGAGUCAAAGAGGCCAGAAGAAGGAGUCUCUUGAGAGUCUACUCAGGAAUCUUUCCUAGACCCUUCCCUAUCCUAAGCACCAAUACUCUUUAGUGUGCAUGAAUGGGACCAAGAUGAUGGUCAGGUACAGUUGGAGUAGAGUCUGACUUCCCAGUGUAAUACAGUGCCAGCUCUGUAGGCCAGGUUCUCUUGGCUCAGUGUUUUGACAGCCAGACCUUGGCUGCAGGCAGACCCAGCCUGUGACAUCACGGUCUAUGGCCUGCAGCAUGUUGGGUAACAAUUCUUGUUGCAAGGUAAACGCUUGAUUGUUCAGUGACAGUGGGCAGAGAUUGUUAUGUAAAUAAAAUAGAAUAUAUGUCUUUCAGAUUUUAGUGGUUUAUAAACAGUUCCCAGGAAAGCUUCACAGAAACAGAA